CGGUGUCGCGGCAUGCUCCUAUCCACACCGGGUCUCUCACACGCACACAGGGGACUCUUAACCGGAGAAAGACGCUAUGUCGGAGGUGCGUAAAUUCACGAAGAGGCUGAGCAAACCCGGGACGGCCGCGGAGGUCCGGCAGAGCGUCUCGGAGGCGGUGAGGAGCUCCGUGGACCCGGUGGAGCAGCCAAAGAUUAUCGAGCCGCUGGACUAUGAGAAUGUGGUGUUUCAGAGAAAGGCCCAGAUGCACAGUGACCCCAACAGAGACCUGCUGCUCUGCCCGGUGGACGAUGUCUCGGAGUCCCAGCUCUCCCGCCAGAGGAGGACGGUUGUUCCCUCGGUGCCCCAGAAUGCUGAGCGGGAGGCCAGGAGUCUAUUUGCCAAAGAGUGCAUCAAGAUGUACAACACUGACUGGCAUGUAAUCAACUACAAAUAUGAGGCCUUCUCUGGUGACUUCCGCAUGCUGCCAAGCAAAGGCCUGAAGACCGACAAGCUGCCAGCUCACGUGUUUGAGAUCGAUGAAGACGCCAAAGACGAGGACUCAGCGUCUCUGUGCUCCCAGAGGGGAGGCAUCAUGAAGCAGGGCUGGCUACAGAAAGCCAACAUCAACAGCAGCCUGUCGGUCUCCAUGAGGGUAUUCAAAAGGAGGUUCUUCUACCUGUCUCAGCUCCCAGACGGCUCCUACAUCCUCAACUCCUACAAGGAUGAGAAGAACUGCAAAGAAACCAAAGGCUCCAUCUACCUAGACUCGUGCAUUGAUGUUGUCCAGAGUCCAAAGAUGCGGCGCAAUGGCUUCGAACUGAAGAUGCAAGAUCGCUACAGCCACUUCCUGGCUGCAGACAGCGAGGCAGAGAUGGAGGAGUGGGUGGUGACGCUGAAGCAGGCUCUUCAAAGCAGCACCGAGGCAGGCCAGGACAAGAGGAACGGGGCAGAGUCCCUGGACUGUGCCCUGGAUGACGACACAACCAGCCAAGGUAAAGGAGAGAGCCUGCUGGAGAGUCUGGGGAGGAGCUUACACCCUGAGCUUAUGAAGUACGCCAGGGAGACGGACCAGCUCAAUAAACUCAACAGGAAUGAAGGCAGACAAAAGCUUUUCUCUCUUGAUCCUGAGACACAGAGGCUGGACUUCUCGGGCAUCGAGCCAGAUGUGAAGCCGUUUGAGGAGCGCUUCGGCCGACGUAUCGUGGUCAGCUGCCACGACUUGACCUUCAGUCUCCAGGGCUGCGUUAGUGAGAAGGGUGACGGCGUCCUAACCAAUGUGGAACCGUUCUUCAUCAGCCUCGCCCUCUUCGACGUCUCCAAGAGUUGCAAGAUCUCGGCCGACUUCCACGUCGACCUGAAUCCGCCCUGCGUCAGGGAGAUGCUGACCGACGCCUCGGGCCAGCUCUCUCCUUCAUCAGACUCGGAUGGGGGAGGAGGAGGCGGUGGCGGAGGAGGACUCAAGGAUGGAGGAAGGGGAGUUGGACUAAUGGUGAACGGCGACUCGGGGAAAGGGAACGGCCUGCCUGUGCUUCAGAGGGUGUCGGAGGCUCUGCUGCGCUUCCCCACACAGGGUAUCUUUUCUGUCACCAACCCUCAUGCAGACAUCUUCCUGGUGGCCCGCGUGGAGAAGGUGUUGCAGAACGGCAUCACCCACUCUGCGGAGCCCUACAUCAAGACGUCGGACGUCAACAAGACUGCUCAGAAGGUGCUCAAAGCUGCCAAGCAGACGUGCCAGCGCUUGGGCCAGUACAGGAUGCCAUUCGCCUGGGCUGCCAAGCAAGUGUUCAAAGAUGCUCAGGGCAGCCUGGACAUGGACGGGAAGUUUUAUCCGCUGUACCGCCACGACAGCAGCAAAAUCUCCACCGAUGACAUAAUCAAGCUGCUGGCCGACAUCAGGAAACCCGAGAAGAGCAAACUUCAGACAAUCCCUGGACAGCUGAAUGUCACCAUUGAGUGUGUUCCACCUGACUUCUCAAAUACGGUGACUUCAUCUUACAUUCCGGUCAAGCCCUUCGAGGACGGCUGUGAGCGGGUCUCGGUGGAGAUUGAGGAGUUCCUCCCCGAGGAGGCCAAGUACAACUACCCGUUCACCACCCACAAGAACCAGCUCUACAUCUAUCCCCUGCAGCUCAAAUACGACAACCAGAAGACCUUCACCAAGGCGAGAAACAUUGCAGUCUGCAUCCAGUUCAGAGAUUCAGAUGAAGAAGGCGCAGUCCCUUUAAAGUGCAUCUACGGCAAGCCGGGGGACUCACUCUUCACGGGCAGCACCUACGCAGCCGUCCUUCACCACAAUCAGAGCCCGGAGUUUUACGACGAGGUUAAAAUUGAGCUGCCAGUGCACAUGCACGAGAAACACCACCUCCUCUUCAGCUUUUACCACAUCAGCUGCGAGUCCAGCAGCAAGGCCGGCAGCAAGAAGAGGGAGGGAGUGGAGACGCUGGUGGGUUACUCCUGGAUGCCUUUGCUAAAAGACGGGAGGAUGCAGUCAUUAGAACUUCAGCUUCCUGUAGCUGCCACUCUGCCCAAUGGAUACCUGUGUCAGGACACCAGGAAGUCCCAACCAGAUAUCAAGUGGGUGGAAAACGGCAAGUCGCUGUUCAAAGUGAGGACCCAUGUAGCAUCAACGAUAUAUGCUCAGGACCUGCAUCUACACAAAUUCUUCCAGCACUGCCAGCUGAUGAGGACCACGUCAGAGGGCAACCAAGCAGAACUGAUCAAAUACCUGAAGUGCCUGCACGCGAUGGACACUCACGUCAUUGUUAACUUCCUACCGACAGUGCUGAUGCAGCUGUUUGAGGAGCUCACAGCAGCCAAUAAAGAAGCCCACGAGAUUGCUGUCAACUCUCUGCGCGUGAUCAUACAUAUUGUCUCCCGGUGCCACGAGGAAGGACUGGAACACUACCUACGCUCUUUUGUCAAGUUUGUGUUUGUGACCAACAACCCUGCCUCAGGAAACUCUGCGACCACACACGAGCUGCUCGCUACUGCAGUCACAGCCACCCUCAAGCAAACUGCGGAUUUCAACACCAGCAAUAAACUGCUCAAGUACUCGUGGUUCUUCUUUGAAACCAUGGCCAAGUCUAUGGCCCAGUAUCUGCAAGAGGGCAACCGAAUGAAGAUGCCACGGGCCCAGCGAUUCCCCGACAGCUUCCACCAGGCGCUUCAGUCCCUGGUGCUGUCGGUCAUGCCGCACAUCACCAUCCGCCACAUGGAAAUCCCUGAGGAAGCUCGCUGCAUCAACCUGAGCCUGGCUGGUCUGAUCAAGAGGUGCCUGACCUUCAUGAACAGGGGCUUCGCCUUUGGCCUCAUCAACCACUACAUGCGUCAUUUCAGUCUCAAAGAUCCCAAGGUGCUGACUGAAAUGAAAUUUGACUUCCUGAUGACAGUCUGCAACCACGAGCACUUCAUCCCCCUCAACCUGCCCAUGGCUUUCGGACGCACCAAGCUGCAGAGGGUCCAAGAUUUUAUUCCGUAUGCGACGGAGCUUUUUGGCCCUGUAGAGCAGAGUCUGGAGUUCAGCCUGACCGAGGACUACUGCCGCAACCACUUCCUGGUGGGCCUGCUGCUGCGAGAAGUGGCUGAGGCUGUGCAGCAGGGCCCCCAGGUCAGACAACUGGCCGUGAGCGUUCUCAAGAACCUGCUCAUCAAACACGCCAUGGAUGACCGCUACACGUUUAAGAACCAGCAGGCCCGGAUCUGUUUGCUCUACCUGCCGCUGUUUGAGCUGCUCUACCAGAACUUGAAGCAGUUGUCCGCCCAACCUUACACCUCAAGCCCCGGCCUUGGCCUCAAUGGCUCCAGAGACGACCUUAUAUCCACCAGUUCCACCGACAGCCGGAGAAUCAGCACUGCGAUUGAGAGAGACCACGGUCUUCUGGGUCUGAACGGCCAUGUUGUGAGGAGAGAGGACUCCAGGUGCUCUCUGUUUAUGGACUCGGGGACACCAGACAGCAUUGAGAGACGCGGCUCCACCAUGAGCAGCAGCCCAAUGCCUCCCGUCGGCCGACUUGGACAGUACGAGAUCCGAGGACUCCUGCUCUCCUUCCUACACAUCGUCAAGACCCUGUCCGAAGACACGCUCAUGGCCUACUGGAAUAAAGUCAGCCCUCAGGACAUCAUGAACUACCUCAGUCUGCUAGAGACAUGUCUGGUCCAGUUUCGUUAUAUUGGAAAAAGAAACAUUGGCAGGAGUCAGGAAGUGUGUGUGUCGAAGCUAUUCUCCUCGGACAGGAAGUCUCAGACAAUGCCGGCCAUGCGCUGCAAUCGAGCCAGUCUCAUGCAGACGAAGAUGCACCAGUUCAGCACCAUGGAAGCCUCCCUCACUCUCAAUAUAGGGACGGGACCAUCGGAAGCAGAUAUACACCAUCAUGCUGUGCUAGAGGGCAACAUCUCCACCGAGGUCUGCCUGAGUGUCCUGGAUGUCCUGUCUCUCUUUACACAGUGCUUCAAGACCCAGCUACUGGACAGCGAAGGGCACAACCCCCUGAUGAAGAAAGUGUUUGACAUUUACCUGACCUUCCUCAAAGUUGGCCAGUCAGACGCUGCACUUAGACACGUGUUUGCAGCGUUAAGAGCUUUCAUUAACAAGUUCCCGUCAGUGCUUUUCAAAGGCCGCGUGACGCUGUGCGAGGCGCUGUGCUGCGAGGUGCUCAAGUGCUGCGUCUCCAAAUUGGGGUCCCUGCGGGCCGAGGCGUCUGCCCUGCUCUACCUGCUGAUGAGAAACAACUACGAGUACACAAAGAGGAAGACCUUCCUGCGCACACACCUGCAGAUUAUCAUCGCAGUAAGCCAGUUGAUCUCCGACGUGGCACUGACUGGCAGUUCGCGCUUCCAGGAGUCUCUCUCCAUCAUCAACAACUUUGCAAACAGUGACAAGGCCAUGAAGUCCACAGCAUUCCCCUCGGAAGUGAAGGGUCUCACCAAGCGGAUCCGUACGGUGCUGAUGGCCACGGCCCAGAUGAGGGAGCACGAGAGGGACCCGGAGAUGCUGCUGGACCUCCAGUACAGUCUGGCCCGGUCUUACGCCAGCACCCCCGAACUGAGGCGGACGUGGCUGGACAGCAUGGCCCGAGCACACCUCAAGAACGGAGAUCUCUCUGAGGCGGCUAUGUGCUACGUUCAUGUGGCCGCACUGGUUGCAGAAUACCUGUACAGGAAAAAGUUGUUCCCCAGCGGUCUUGCCGCUUUUAAGAGGGUCACCGUAAAUAUCGAAGAGGAAGCCGCCAUGAAGGAAGACACAGGAAUGCAAGAUGUUUAUUACACGGAGGAAGUCUUGGUGGAACACCUGGAGGUUUGCGUGGAGGCGCUGUGGAAAGCCGAACGCUACGAGCUGAUCACGCACAUCGCCAAACUUGUCAUCCCCGUUUAUGAGAAGCGUCACGAGUACGAGAAACUAAGCCGACUCUACGACACUCUGCACAGAGCCUACAAUAAGAUCAUGGAGGUGAUACAAUCACGCCGCAGGCUGCUUGGGACGUACUUCAGAGUGGCUUUCUAUGGACAGGGUUUCUUCGAGGAAGAGGAUGGGAAGGAAUACAUAUACAAAGAGCCCAAACUCACCGGCCUGUCAGAAAUCUCUCAGCGGCUGCUAUCGCUCUACGGGGAAAAGUUUGGACCAGAAAACGUCAAGAUAAUCCAGGACUCCAACAAGGUGAAUCCCAAAGACCUGGACCAGAAGUUUGCUUACGUCCAGGUGACGUUCGUCAAGCCGUACUUUGAGGAGAAGGAGGCGCCGGAGAAGAAAACUGACUUUGAGAAAUGCCACAACAUCAGCCGCUUCGUGUUCGAGUCGCCGUACACGCUGUCGGGCAAAAAGCACGGCGGCGUGGAGGAGCAGUGCAAGAGGAGGAUCGUAAUCACAACCGCCAACGCCUUCCCGUACGUGAAGAAGCGUGUGGAGGUGUUAAGAGAGAACCACGUGGAGCUCAAGCCGGUGGAUGUGGCCAUUGAUGAGAUGAAGGCGCGAACGGCCGAGCUGAUCAAGCUCUGCUCCAGCCAGGAAGUCGACAUGAUCCAGCUGCAGCUCAAACUGCAGGGCUGCGUUUCAGUACAGGUGAAUGCAGGUCCUAUGGCUUAUGCCAGAGCGUUCCUUGAUGACAGUAAAAUCAAUCAGUCUGGUACUAAGAAAGCAAAAGACCUUAAGGACAUUUUCAGACGCUUCCUGGAGGCUUGCGGCCUGGCUCUGGACAUCAACGAGCGUCUGAUCAAAGAGGAUCAGUUCGAGUACCACGAGGGCCUGAAGGGCAACUUCAAGGAAAUGGUGAAAGAGUUGUCGGACAUCAUCCAUGAACAGAUCUACCAGGAGGACAUGAUGCGCUCACUGUUACAAACCUCUCGUAACGUGUUUUGUGCCAUCAGUGGGACGUCAAGCGACCUGGGCUGACCUCUGAACCCUUCCCCCUCCGCACCUCAUCGCCCCCUGCCACCUCUCGCCCCUAUGUAUUUUAUAUCCUCUCACUUCUCCUUCAAAUGGACCUGGAUGUGCAGUCGAUGGUCUGGGAGGGCAAAAACAAAAAGUACGGCAGCAGUGUUUCUAAGAAUGUAACGCAGCAGCACCAACUAAUGGUCGGCAUGUCAGGUUGAGGUGUUGUGUAGAUUCGUGCUCGGUAGCAUUGCACUUUCUUCUUCCGCCUUGGCCACAAACCGCAGGAACAAAUGUUUUCAUUCCAGAGAGAUGUUGUACUACAACUUUUUUUCAGUCCUCUCUCUGCGAUGUUUCCCUUUAGAGCUAUGCAGGACACAGCACUCUCCAGAGUGAGUUUUAUUCACUCCUUGUUUAGACGACAGUAAGGUCUUCCCCCUGUUUCUAAACAGGAUGACCAGUAUCGAAGCUUGACUGGUUCUAUUGUAACAUGCAUCCAAAUCAGCCAAGCCAAGGGUGAGCCUUUACAGCCUUGUGUUGCAUGCCCAGCAGAUUGUGAUUACCAGAUGUCACGUUUGUGGAGCCAAAGUCAUAAACCCAGUUUGUUUGACAGAGGACAGACCUCAGGGUAGUUUUAAUGUGUAAUAAAGCUGCUCUUAAGAUUUGCAGUCUAAAAGUAGCUUCAUCACAUUGUAUAUAUAAAAAAAUCUAUUGGCAAUAAUCAUACUGUCCUAGAUUUGUAAAGAAUUUUGUCAAAGCAGGCAAGAAGAUGAAAGAAUUCUAUCAGUGCUUCGUAACUAUCAUCACAACAGUAUUCUCCGAGAGUUCGGAAAUUGAAAUUUGAGGACAGGACACACCGAUCUCAGCAGCUGUAUAAUAAUAUUUACUUCAGGACAGAAAGUGACGGCUUCCUCUCAGCUGGGAGUACAUCCAGUGCCUUUGUGCUCUGCCUUUAAUCUAAACAAAUAAAAACCACCACUUGCUGGUUAUUUGACAGUAUUUCACAAGUGCUACACUGAAAUUAGCAGAUUGAAUGAAUAAUAUUUAAGUACAUGUACAUAAUUAGCUGUAAAUUGAAUUCUGUAUCCAUGUAUGUUUGUAUGUAAUUAUAUUUGUAUCAUUUUUGGACUCUUGUUCCGUCCAAAGUCUGUCCUAGCAGAGAUUUUUUUCUUUUCAUUUUUACUGCAUUGCACUCACAAGUGCUGCUCACUGUCAAACUUACUUUGUAAAGCGUCUUUUUUCUUUUUUUUUUCAAUAAAACUUGG